CACGUGUACGGUCGGAGAGGUCUCGUCCUGCGAGGCGAGGCGAGGCGAGGCGAGGCGAGGAGAGGCGUCGCGACGCUCCGCGGCGUGCGCCGACGGCGUACGUCGCGGCGUCACUACGGCUGGUAGCCAGGCAACGCGCAUAAUACCGACCACCGUGAAUAGUUUGAAACGAAACGGUCGCGGGAGCGGAUCGACUCCUUCCUGCCACGACCUUUCUCCCUCUCCCUCUCUUUCUCUCUCUCUCUCUCCAUCCAUCUUUCUUUCCUCUCCUCCCUCCCCACCGCUCCGAUCUAUCGUCGCCGUCGUCGCCGUCGUCGUCGUCGUCGUCGUCGGCGAGCGCGCUCGAUGGAGAACGGAAGUGGCACGCGACGACACCGAAGGAGACCGAGGGAACGCUUGGAGACGUCUCGACUGACGAUGACGAUGUUGGUGAUGGACGACAUCUCGGACGGGCGCAAUGGGACGAACGCGUGGCACCAGGAGGACGUCGUUUCAUCGGAAUACAACGUGACGACGACGGCGAGCGGAGCGGCCAGCAAGACGAGCCACUUCGAGACCGAUUUGCACGGGAACGUUAACAUUCUUUUAGGCGGGGCGAUGCUCAGCGGGGUGAUUAUGGUUGUCCUCCUCAUGUGCUACUGCUGUCACAAGAGCAUUCGAAAGAAUCGGCCGCAAGAGUACCCGCAAUACUGGAGAACGGAACCAGACGCGCACAGCCUCGAGGUGUUCACCACGGAAGCGCAUGCCGCCUGCUGCGAGAGACAACAACAACACCAACAACAAUCGGCGACGACCGAGGGAAACCAGGACGAGAGCGCCUACGACGCUUUAUCCUGUCCCAUAACCCCGAUUUCCGGCCCUGGCCCACCCCCAACUUACGACAGCCUGAUCUUCGAUCCGAAAAGCCUGGCCACCGCCACCUGGAUGGAGAAGAAGCGCGAGGAUGGAGAGACACCCGGGACCAUCGUUCCCCCGAUGGUGUCCUCGUUAUUGGGGCUGAGAUCAGGUCUGGAGCGUAACGAGGCCGUCGAACAACAAGCAUCGGACGAGGGAUUGCCUUCCUACGAGGCCGCCUUGAAGUUGGACGCGAACGGUUACGUGUGACACGCCCCUGAUCCCAGAGAAUUUUUCACGAUUGUGUUCCUUAACGUUGUGUUCCUUUCUACGGGGAGUGAGAUGAAGAGCGAAGGGACGAGGAAAGAUGGAAGAAAGAAAGGGGAUUGGAAAUUAGAUCCGUAGCGUCUUUCGUCUUUCUUUGGGUUUUUAGAUCGGAGAGAAAGUUGGAGUCGUAGCUUUGAUUAAUUAUCGCGAGCUUAGGAAAAAAUUAUUUCCCUGAUUCCCGUAGUUUUAGAGAGAGAGAGAGAGAGAGAGAGAGAGAGAGAGAGAGAGAGAGAGAGAGAGAGAGAGAGAGAGAGAGAGAGAGAGAGAGAGAAUGUGUGUGUAUGUGUGUACGUUUUCGAUGGACAAAGCUUCGAUUAAAGCGUGGAUAAUAAAAUAUUGGCCCGCUUCUAAUGUUAGAAGACGUUUGGUUCUGGAAGGGAAUAAAAUCCCUGAUACUAUCGAUACGAAUCGUAGGAAAACGGAAACGCGAAUGGGCGAACAAACAAAAGAAACGAGAGCGAACGAAACGAAGAAAAAUCCGCGAAGCGAUUUAUCUCGUUCUAUAGAUUACUUUCAAGUUUCGCGUAACGUAAUAAUAAACCUGUGUAUAACUUGAGUUAAACUGAAUAAACACCGGGGGAAUAAUAAUGAUAAUAUAACGCGAGUUAUGUUAGCUCGCUAAUCUUCUUAAAGAUUCGCAGAAUUGAUCCUAAAAAUAUACAAAGCUUGAAACGUUAUUUCGAGCGAAUCGAUCGAUGUAAAUAAAGGGAGACAGAGUUAUAACAGAAUUAUUAUUCGCCCCGAGAGGAAGAUUCUAAUCCAAUUCUAAUCAUUAAAUAAAAAACUAAAUGGAAAGUCGGCGUAAGAAAUCGAUCGUCUUAUCCUUCAUCCGGCGAAGGCCACUUUAGUGGUCCUCAAUCAUAUUGUUGAUCAGCUUAAAGACCACUUUAAGGCGGGCAUGAAUUACGCCUUCGUUUAUGGUUCGUUCGCUGGAGCUGAUCGAGUGUCGCGAAUUCGUCUACGCCGUUACUCGACGCGAUUCGACUUCGACUGCUCCUCGGAACGUGCGCGCGCAACCAACGAAUAUUUCCCAUCGUUGCGACGAAAAAUCGCUAUUGAACGGGAGACAAUUUUUCGACCGAGAUGGCGAUCGAUGAAGAUAUCAAGAGGUAAUUUUUCGUGUACGGGCAGAGAAGAAGAAAAAAAAGAAAAAGAAAAAGAAAAAAGAGCUUCGAUCGAGAUAAAACGGAAGAACGUAAUAGAACGAUUUGUUUUUUUUAACUCUUCUUGGAGAAAUGGAAUGCAUCGAUUCUAUUUGGCUCGGAUUCGAAUAAUUUAUUCUCAAGGUUGUUUGCGAAUUAAUUGUAACGAUUUGUUCUUCGAGAGAGAGAGAGAGAGAUUUAAUAAAGCGAACUUUUGAUUAA